AUGCAUGAGGGCUUCCGUGCACCUGGCUCUACUUCAUACGCCACUCUAGAGGCAAUCCAAGAGCUUGAGGCAUGGUUCGAUUCUCAAGAUCAGACUAAAACAACUUCCGUGGCCUCGGCUGGGAGUGGCUCACAUGUGAUAUCUGCUCAGAAUACCAUGCACGCAAGUUUUGUCCCAGAUCUUCUUGCCGCAAGCGACGAGACGCUGACUUCUCUCGAGAGACAGCGAGCUCCGAGUAGUAACCCACGUAUGGAGCCCUUGAGACUUGACUCUAGCAGUACAGAAGUGAGGUCACAGACGGGUAAGCCAAUCACAUCACACCGUCCUAGUGUCCGAUCUUCGAUUGGAAAAGGUGCCGCUCUUCCUCCACGCUUCAACAACCCAGCGAAGAUUACAAAGUCUAAAGACGAGGAAAGAGGCACUGCAUCUUACCUGAACCAGCAGCAACUCUACAUGCUGCGUCAGCAAGAAACACGAGUCGUCAGAAAACUCGAGACCAAAUCGAUACCACAACUUCAAAUGCUGCAACACAAGGCUUCGACAACACACGCCAGCAACAAGAUCAAGAAUUUGAUUCAAAAGGCUCUCUUCGAAAAACAUUUAUCCGAGAUGAAAGAAUGGGAAGGCCAGAUCGACGUUUGGUCCAAAGAUGACCGACAUGAAGAGAAAGCAAGAACAGAUGGCCAGGAGAUUUAA